CCUGGAGAAUGACAAAGUCGUCGAGAGGACUCCUAAGUCACUAGGACCGUUUCACAAACGCAGCAUGUGUCUUGGAAGCGUUAAACGAACGCUGACUUACUUAAAGGAUACCGCCUCAGUCGGGAGGGAAUAACGAUUGUUGUGGAGCUUGUGAGGGACGCAAUAGCAUCAUCAAACAGAAACAACCCAAACAUAUACAUAUACACUGCUUAUAGUGAUCAUUAUAGCCGAUUUUUUUUUUUCUUUACGUCUCUGGCGGUUUACUAUCUAAUUGACAUCUGUAUAUUUAUUACAUUAGUAUAAAGUGUGGGAAACUUUUUCCUUCGUCGAAGCAGAGACCAGGAGACGUUGGGAUAUCUUUCAAGCAGAAGUUACUCUUUAUUGAGAACUCGUCGUGCGUCGUAGUAGUCAUCCGAGUCUGACUAGAACUCAGCUCUGGAGAGUUUAUACUUUUCAAGGGGGGAGGGAUACACAAAGGUGGAGACAAUCUAAACAAAGCAUAGUAUAGUCCAGGAAUCAGCCUAGAAUUUCCCCAGCCCUGAUCUCAUCAGCAUAGCAGUGCCUUUCAAAUGCAUAGGUGCUAAUCUAAUCAGCCUAACAGUAUCACUCAGACCUUCACAUUAUCAUGAGAUUAGCAUUCACAUUUACUUUGGGACCCUACCCAGUGGUCAGGAUGUCCAUAAAGACAAAAGGUUAAUGUCUCAGAUACCUGGGCCACCAGAUUUCCCCAGAUCUUUAGAAUGUCACCAUCUUUACCUCAAAAUGCAAAACCCAAUGUACCUAUCUCUUUCCUACAAAAGUAAUAAAACGGACAGUGUCGCUACGUACUGAAUUUUACUGACUCGUUCAAAUACAGUACAGAUGUUUAAAACGCUGAACUAUGUAUAAUUCAAAUAUGCUAAAAUACAGCACUGUACCUAAAAUUGACCUUAAUGUAGUUUCGCCGCCGUGUCUCAUUGGCUCGGUUUUGGCAGUUUGGCAGUGGACUACUAUAAGCGAAUUAUUUAAACAGUAUUUGUAAACUAAUGAUUCUAUCCCAAGGUUUUUGAUCCAUAUAAGCAGUUGAUUCCCGUAACCACGAUCACUAUAAGUGGUUUGCACUGUAUUUGUGUUCGUGGGAUGUUUCGCGUACAUUUUCACCAGCACGUACUGGCCUCUCAUCAGCCAAUCCCCGUGGUUAUUGCAGGCAAGCUCGUGCAUAAGAACUGACGUCAGCCAUAGCGACGGAGUCUCUCUUAGCUUAGGAGUCGGCUCUUUUCCUAACUAAAAGUUGCUCUUCGUUAAUAGGUUUUAAAAAAACACUCAUAGUUAAAUACUUUUUGUUUGAUUCUUAGUACUAAAGUAAAAUGCUUAGGAAUACGGGCCCUGGUCUCCUGUGGUGUACUCACAUGUCAUAGCACUGUACUGCCAUAGGGGGGCGUCUGCCUGAAAAUGCUCAGAUUCAGAUCACGCACGCAUAUUUUGUUAAUAUCCAGCUGUUAUAUCUAAUAAAAACUUGCUGGGUAGUUUUUACAUUUGAUUUUAUACUGGUUUCAUUCAUGUCAGUGUGAUGUUUUUUUCAAGGUUUCCAUUUACUGACUUAGCAACAGAUCCUGUCUAUAUGUACUGUUUUGCAAAUGCGCCCAUCUAUCCACCUCUCACGGCAGCUUUAUAUGGGGAUAUCAAGGAAUCUGCUCCUAAUGCACGGGAAACACUCUGCGCUAAUUAAUGCUGAUUUCAAAGCGCACCUCGUGUAGGUAAUUUGUCACGGUGUUACCUUCCAGAGGCACCGAGCUGGCUUUGGACUGCUUCCCGUCGUUUCACUGUCCGUAAUGUUCAUUGGCCAGGUCUGCAAGGCAGCCGGCUGUUUGCCGGAUUUGUGCUGCGGUUUCCUGGCUCUUUACCUGAGCCUAUCUGGAGAGUCUUGGCUUCCUGUCUUUCCUGAACAUCUACUGCGCAGCAGCUGGGACGUUUAGACUGAAUUGGGUAGAAACCAAGUUUGUUUUUGUUUUUUUUUGUUUUUUUAAAUAAAUUAGUCAUGACUGUUUUAUAGAUUGUUCAGGAGAUGGCUCUUUGGGCCUUGGGCCUCUGUUUAAUAAAAAAAUUAAUAAGAAAAUCGCGUCAUCAUGGCGUUAGUUAUUUUUUAUUUUUUUUAAUGACACAACACACAGUUUCCCCAUUACGGACGAGGGUGUGGAACUGUAGGAUGGGCUGGGAGAGAUUUUGCUUUUAGUUUACCUGCUGCAAGCAUCCAUAACUCCUAGUGUGUUUCAGUCAGUUUCACGCUCAGCCACACUAUGGGCAUUUUAAGACUCAUUUGAGCUUAAGGAUACGGAUGGAGCCCUUCUGUGUCUGUACUCCGCGUUUGUUUCAUCCAUAUUUAUGGACAUUUUCUGAAAACUUACGGAUAUGUUCGAAAUGGAGCAGUACCACCAGAUGUCAUGUAACUAUUAAGUGCGACAUUAUGCGAGAAACGAUGAAUUUUUUUUUUGAAAUGCUGGAACUUUUUGGGGAGCGGCUGUGCGAUUUGAUUAAAAUUAAUCUUAAACACUUGUAUAAUGUUACUUCGCCAGGGCACAGAGACAAACAAUUAUCACAGAACAGCUGGGAGGAGAUUGGACAGGAAUGAAAUGUCAUUUGGACGGUAGCAAUGUGCUACUGAGAGGACUGUGCCCUCUCCUGCAUCCAUGCCAACAUAAAGGGCACAUGAAAGCAUAUGGGCAGUGACAAUAAUAUUGUUUGAAAUGGUUGUAUUUAUAUUCACUGCGCAUCUUUGGAGUGCAGGAGAGUAUCCAGUGGAAACCCACAUGAUAGAGGGAGAACAUAUGGGCUCCAGACACAGACACACACACACACACACACACACACACACAGACACAAAAUGUAUCAGCACUGGUACCUAUUCAGCAGCCAUGCCAUCCUGAAAUAGUAUAUAUUUAAAUUCAUCAGUAGUCUAGGAAAAUGUGAACAUAUUCUGUUUUCAAGAUCAUACACCAGUUUUAUUUCAGUCAACUCGUGUAACAUCCAUACAUAAAUCGUUUUAGCUUGUCCUAUGCAGGGUUUUUGAAGUCUGGAGCCUUUGGACAAAAGGCUAGAAACAACCCAGGAUGGGAAACCAACCCAUUACUGAGGAAAUUCACACACCAUUCACACACACACACACACACACACACACACACACACACACACACACACACACACACACACACACACACACACACACAACCUCAAUUCAUCUCAGCAUGAUUUUGGACUGUGGUGGGAAACUGGAGAAAACCCCACAAUGCCAGGGCAGAGGCUCGAACCCGAGUCCCACAGCUGCAAGGCAAUAACAUGAACCGCUGUGUCACCCCACUUUAGCACCAUACACUAUAACCUUGAUUGAAAAAAAUAGUUUCACACUUUGUACUGUACAGGGGAAAAAUCACCAUAUACAUUACCAGCGGCCCAUAAAACCUAGUCAAGAAUCUGGGCGAAGACAAUGAAGUCGUCACUCUGAGUGCUGCCUUGUUGAGUUUUCACUUCAAGCCUGUCCUUUGAGCUCUUGCAAUGUCCCCACUUUGCCGAACCUCCACGUGUCUGGAACCUCACAGAUAAGCCACUUACUGAGCUUCCAAUCUUCCCUUGCACCAUGUCGUCAAGGAAGAGAGAUAUAUAUACACACACGUUUUUUUUUUUUUUUUUUCCUUCCAUCGUGAGGCUCUUCGCUAGAGAGGAAUGAAUAUUGACGUUUUCUGCACCCUCUAUGCACUGGUGACUCCCCAAGGGGAGGGGACACGCAGCGUAACUUUAUCUAGCCUGUGGCUGGGGUGCACUGCCACAAGGUUGGCUUUCCAGCCCUCGGAGCAGGAAUGGCAUCCAGGGUCUCGUUGCAGGAGGAGCUGGAGGACCUGUCCUGCCCCAUGUGCGGGGACAUCUUCCGGGACCCGGUGGCUCUCUCCUGCCGGCACCACUUCUGCCGGGCUUGCCUGGAGCACCACUGGAGCGAAGGUGGCAUCGGUAGUGGUGGCCGCGACUGCCCGCUGUGCUUCCGGCGUUCCUCCUUGGAACGCCUGCCCGUCAGCGCCACUCUGCAGAGAGCGUGCGAGGCCCUACGGCGGGAGAGGGCACGCUCGGACCCGACGGCGUGCUCCGAACAUGGCGAGGCGCUGGAAUUUUUCUGCCUGGAGGAGCUCCGGCCUGUCUGUGGAGAGUGCCGAGUCUCCGGGGCCCACCGAGGGCACAGGCUGUACCCCGUGGCUGAAGCCUUGCAGGACUGUAAGGCGGAACUCAAGAAUGCACUGAAGCCUCUGAAGGAAAAGCUGAGUUCCUUCAAAACGGCCAAGAGCACCUGCGAGGAAUCUGAGGAGCACAUGAAGCAUCAGGCUCAGAACACGGAGAGGCAGAUAAAGGAGCAUUUUGAGGAACUUCACCAGUUUCUGCGAGAUGAAGAGAUGACUCGACUGGAGCUGCUGAAAAAAGAGGAGGAACUCAAGAGUGUGAUGAUCCGGGAGAAGAUUGAAGAUCUGACACUGGAAAUUUCAUCCCUGUCAGACACUGUCCGAUCUAUAGAACAAGAAAUGGAAGCCAAAGACAUCCUUUUCCUGCGGAACUACGAAAACAUCAUGAAGAGAACCUGGGGUUCAUUUCCAGAACCAGAGCUGCCUUCAGGGGCUCUAUUUGAUGUGGCCAGACACCUGGGCUCCUUGAAGUACAACGUGUGGGAGAAGAUGAUGGAGAUCGUCCAUUACACCCCGGUGGUCAUAGACCCCAACACUGCCGCCAACUGCUUCCUGGUCUCGGAGGACCUGUGCAGGGUGCAGUGCUGCACAGAGCAGUUCCGGCUGCCUGACAACCCCGAGCGCUUUGACAUCAGCGCCGAGAUGCUGGGCUCCGAGAGCUUCGGCUCCGGCCGGCACAGCUGGGAGGUGGAGGUGCGCGAUAACACCUACUGGGUUAUUGGAGUGGCCAAGGACUCCAUCAACAGGAAGGGCAAGCAUGUACUGACGCCGGCUGAGGGCUUCUGGAGCAUACGGCUGCGCAAUGGCGAGUACAAGGCCUGCUCCGCCCCGUGGACGCCUCUCGAUGUGACCCAGGGGCCUCAGGUCAUCCGUGUCCAACUGGACAUGGACCGCGGAAAAGUGUCUUUCUAUAAGGACCGGGAGAGGACGGCCCUCUUCACCUUCACAGACAUCACGGCCUCUAGGGUGGUCCCGUACUUUUGCACAGCCUGUAAGCUCCACCCACUGAGGAUCCUGCCCUCUAGGCUAUCUGUUGUUCCAGAACACCACAGAUCUUAUUAAUAAAUCUACAAUGGAUGGUG